GCAGUUCAGGUUGUCAACAAAAUCCGGCGUAGUUCGCGUUUAAUGGCCAAUUUUUGUGAGACUUUGGGCAUCUGAGGCCUAAAUUACACACAACAACAACAACAACAACAUUGAACACGGAAAAAAAGGAGCUGAUCAAAGCAAUCUUUCGGAGACGACAGAAGAAACAAAACAAAAGAAAAGAAAAUCAUCAAAAGAACUUUUUUUUUUUCGGGAAAAGGCUUCGAAAGCUUCUUCUGCUGCUAACUGUGGGAUUAAUCUGAAUCCUCGACGGACUGUGCAAAGUGAAGUGUGUGUGUUAUGGCAUCGCUGCUGGACGCAUAUGACACCAUAAUAGCAGACAAUCCUCCUCCAGUUGCACCACCACCAGCCGUCGUCACUCAGCACUUCACGGACAAUAAUCGCGAUUCAGCCGCCGUUGCUGUGAAUCCUCCUCCUCCCGCUGCUGCUGCUGCUGCUUCUUCUCUUGCUUCAAACACCACCACCCCCUCUGGCGUCACGGGGACAAGCCCCCUGGACACUCCGGACGUCGAGGGUGACUUGCUGACCUUCCCGUCGCCCCCGUGUGACGACGACACCGAUGCCAAUAUGUUUGCUGACUCCUUCGGGAGUGACCUCCUCAACGAUCACGGUGGCUCUUUGGAGGAAAACAACUGUCUCUCUAAUGGUCACGAUCACGACUGCAAAAUUUGCCAAACUAAAUUAAAAUCACCUCGAGUAUUAUCUUGUCUUCAUGUCUUCUGUGAAAUAUGCAUUGCGAAACUCUGUGCGACCGACCCAGCUCUGGGGUACACUGUGGAAUGCCCCAUUUGCAAACAAAUUACCAAGAUUGGUGCCAAGGGAGUUGCUUCGUUGCACUGCGAUUAUGUUGCGACCAAUAUACUUGAUUUAUCCAGCACCGAAUUGCGCGUACUUGCGUGCACAUCGUGCAAGGGGAAGGAGAAUGCGAUAUCACGAUGCAACGAUUGCGCCAACAUUCUCUGCGCUAGCUGUGAUAAUGCCCAUCAGUCGAUGAGAUGCUUUGAGAAUCACAAAGUUGUCAAGUUGGAGGAUUUGGUGAAGGCGUCAUCGAGCGAGAAGAUGGCCAUACAUAAGCCAUUGUUCUGCACGACGCACGUCACGGAGAAUUUGAAGUAUUACUGCUUCAGCUGCGAGCUGCCCGUGUGCAAUGAAUGCCUCAUUGCGGAGCACAAGGGUGCCGAUCAUGUGUACGAGAUGCUGAGUGAUGCGGAGAAGUGUGUGCGUGUUGAGGUGGAGAACCUCAUGAAGGAGGCCCGUGGGAAGGUGGAGUACUGCGAUAAGGCAGCCUGCCACCUCGGGUCGGCCCUCACGGAACUCCAGACGCAACACGAUGUGGCGCGUGAUCUCAUUGAGGAAUCGUAUCAGAGCUUUAAAGCUGUCCUCGAGAAGUGUCGCGAUAAUGCGCUGAAAGAGCUGAAAUGCCUCCAUUCGGAGCGUGAGCUGAAGAUUAUGGAUGUGCUGCACAAUGUGGAGAAGUCCGUGGAGAAGAUUGAGAAUGCGUGCAAUUUCACGAAGCGCGUCCUUGAGCAGGCAAAUGCUCCGGAAUUGCUGAGCCUGAAGAAGUUGAUUGGAUGUCAAUUUCUCAAUCUUGUCAGUACAACACCAAAGGCCGAUAGCAAUUAUUCCGUGGAGUUUCAUUCGAAUUUUGACAAUUUCGAACGUCUAGCUCAGGAGGCAUUUGGGAAGUUUCAAACUGAAGCCUGUCCCGUGAGCCCAAAGGAGUGUACACCCCCACCAACAUUGCCGGGAAUGCCACCGAUCCUGAUUAGUGGGAAUCAGCACAAUGGCUCGCAGAAUAGUACGUGCAACAGCGUGAGUGCCCUCACGGGUUCCGUCAAUGGGAGUAGCCCCAUUUCGCUGCCAACAUCAAUGCAAUCAUCAUUCGAUGGAGACAUUUCAAGCCUCGGAAAUGGAAGUGGAAGCAGUGCUGGCGGAAGUAGUGGCUUUGGGGGUUUGCCGGCAAGUGUUCUCACACCGGAAUCAACAACAGUUCCUCUGGUUAAUGGCACAGGGGGUGGUGGUGCUGCCGCGUCUGUUGUGACAACUGUUGGGGCAACACCCGCCCUCCCGGGGCUCUCACGUAUUGCCGAAUACAACAUUCAUCAGUUGGCCAAUUUGGUGGAGCACGCCGAAUUGGCGGAUCCCAUCAUUCCAUCGACAAAUCCCAGCCCAUCCCCGCAGUUCACCCUCGCCGAUGUCCUCUCCGGGGAUCAGAAUGCUUUCAACAAUCUGCAGGCAUUGGCAAAAUUGGGGCUCAAUGCACCCCCUGCUAAUCUCCCCCCAACUGGUGGGCAUCGUGAUGCAAGUGGCGCCCCGGCGGUGGCACGAAUUGGCUCCAAUUGGAAUAUUUCAGCGGGGAAUUCAUUGAUAUCACGUGGACCAUCACCAGGCGUGGAUAAUAUUCUCAUUAAUGAAUUCACCGGGAAUUCCAUAAUGCCCAAUGGUGGCGGCACGUCAUUGUCAUCUCUCAAUGAUGAUCUCACCAUUUCGAAUUUUCAAUCAUCAAUCAGCGUCCCAGGGCGCUCAAAGGCAACCCCCAUGCAGAUUCGGUGCAAAUUUGGCUCAUUGGGUGCCUCAAAGGGGCAAUUCAAUUCACCCCAUGGCUUCUGCUUGGGUGUCGAUGAGGAGAUUAUUGUGGCAGAUACGAAUAAUCACAGAAUUGAGAUUUUCGAGAAGAAUGGAGCAUUCAAGUUCCAAUUUGGUGUACCUGGAAAGGAGGAGGGACAACUUUGGUAUCCACGAAAAGUUGCUGUAAUGCGUCCAACGUACAAGUUUGUUGUGUGCGAUCGUGGCAAUGAACGCUCGCGAAUGCAGAUUUUCAACAAGACUGGGCAUUUUAUGAAGAAAAUUGCCAUUCGCUACAUUGACAUCGUUGCGGGUCUCGCAGUCACAAAUCAGGGACAUAUUGUUGCAGUUGACAGCGUCUCCCCGACUGUCUUUAUCAUCACCGAAGAGGGAGAUCUUGUUCAUUGGUUCGAUUGUAGCAAUCACAUGCGCGAACCAUCUGAUAUUGCCAUAAGCGGAAAUGAUUUCUAUGUGUGCGACUUCAAGGGGCACUGUGUGGCCGUCUUCACGGAAGAUGGAACAUUCAAGUAUCGCAUUGGCAAUGAGAAAGUGACAUGCUUCCCAAAUGGAAUUGAUAUUUCCGAUGCUGGUGACAUUCUCAUUGGGGACUCACAUGGAAAUCGCUUCCAUGUUGCGUGCUUUUCUCGCGAGGGUGUCCUGCAGUCUGAAUAUGAGUGCCCCUAUGUCAAGGUGUCACGAUGUUGCGGACUAAAGAUCACAUCUGAGGGUUACGUGGUAACUUUGGCCAAAAAUAACCAUCACGUUCUUGUGUUAAACACACUCUAUAUCCAGUGAUUGUCGCGAAAGGAAGAAUUCUCAAACCAAAUCGUUAAAACAUUUUAUUGAUCUCUUCGUGUUUUAUAUUUUAAUUUUUACUUUUUUUUAUUAUUAUUAAUUAAUAUUAUUACUACCUUCACCUUCAAUGCAUUAUUUUAAAUUAUUAUAUAAAAAAAAGAGAAGAAAACAAAGAAGAUGAGAAAAAAAACAUAUUUUUCCCCUCCCCCUUUUAAAUCUUACAAACAAUUUUUAUUAAAUAUUAUAUAAUUAUUAGAGAAAAACGAAUGAAAAAAAAUGAAACAUAUUUUUCCUUAGAUUUUAAAGAAAAGCGCUUCUACAUGUUUUUUUUUUAUAUAAUGAACAGAUAAAAUAAAUUUUAGUGAUAGAUCAUCAAAAAAAUAAUAAUUUAGAAGAAACCUCAAUGAAAGAAGAUAGAUAUUUUAAUUUUUAAUUUUUAAGACUUUUUUUUCUAUACAAAAGAAAGAAAACAAAAAUGAGUCAAUUUUUAGGCAAACAAUUACAUUUUAAUGUACAUUCACAAGGUAUUUAUUAACAAGACGAUUGAAUCGCGUUUUCUUGUUGUAGUAGAGAGGGUGUUUUUUUAUUUUAAUUUUAAUUUUAACAAAAGGUUGAAAAUAAUACAAAAAAAAAUACAUUUGACUGGUUCCAAUAACAAAACAAUAAAAAAAAUUAAGAGAAAGAGCAAGAAAAAAAAAACGUUGAGAAUGAUAACGAAUGAUGCACUUUUAAGUGUUUUUUUAUUAGUUUAUUUUUUUAUUUUAAUGAACCUCCACUUUAUUUGUCAUCUAAUGCUACCUACCUACCUAUUUUUUUUAAUAGUAAUGAUUAAUUAAUUAAAUACCUACAAAAGAAAACAAAAGAAAACAUUCACAAUGAAAAAGAAGACAUUAAUGGAUGAAGAAGUAUGUUUUGAGAGAGAGAAAAAAUUGAAAUGUUUUUUUUUAUUUGUUGUUUUUUUGUCAUUGUAACUUUUAAAAAGAAAGAAAGAGAGAAUAUUAUACGAUUUUACUAUGUAACUAAAAAAAAGAAUGCGACUGAUUUAUGUUUCUAAAUAGUAUAAUAUUUAUGUAAGAAUUGUUGUUCAUUUUUUUUUAAACUCACGCGAUAGAUUAUACAAACGACAAGAUUUUUUUUUCCUUUAAUUAAUAAAUGUAAAAAAAAUAAACAUGAAUUUAUGCAAUCAAAGAUGCUACAUUGUGAACGGAACCGGUCUAAAUAGAUUUAGAAAAAACAAACAAACAAUUAUUAAUAUUUUUCUUGUAAAUGUUUUAGAUACUAUGUAGAAUUUUAUUUUGAGAUAUUUUUUAAAAACAUUUUCGUACUUCUUUUUUUUAAUCUUUUGUUUCUCUUUUGGUUAAUAUUUGUAAAGAAUAUUUUUUUUUUAUACAUGAGGUGUGAUGUUUUCUGUGUGAUGAAAAUUUGUUUAAAAGAAUUUUUUUGGAAGUCUUUUUUGGUAUUGAAAAGACCAUAAAAAAUUCAAAAAGAAACUAACGUACUCUCCUUCAAAUCACAAGUUAGUGGAAUGAAAGAAAAUUUAAGCAGAAAAACUAAAAGGAGGCUAUUCAGCUUUAUGUGUGAAUGCCCCAGGGCUGGGAAAUAAUUUUAACCCCCCUCAACAUCCAGGUGCAGAACCCAUCUCAGAGAGACAUCCAGCGUAAAUCAAAUCUUUUGAUCGGAAAAUUGUACUUUUGAUCAGAAGAAUAUUGCAUUGAUCAUAUUUUUGUACACUACCCGCGAAAAGUUUCCGGGAAAGGCUAAAAUGGGAUAUUUUUGUAAGCAAAAUUCAAAUGACUAUAGGGGAAACUGGGGUAAUUCGGUGAAUUUUUGAGAAAUAAUUUUUCCUGAGUUCCGUGGAAAUAUUUUAGAUUUCCCAUAACAACUAUCUUAUAGGAAAUUUUCCGGGCUACAACUUUGUCUCAGACGAUUUUUCUCUAUCUCAUUGGGAAAAUGCUUUUUCAGGCCAUUUUCCAAACCCUUCCAAAUUUAGCUGUUCCAAAUAUCCUGGGGUAAAACGGUUAAUUGCGUUUUUUGUUCGCUAAUCUUAAUUUAAUGAAAUUAUUUUAGCAAGGCACUAUAAUAUCUAUUGAGAAUGAGAGAUUUGUGUACUAAUUAAAACUUAUUUUUAAUAAAAAAAAUACAAAAAAUUAAAAACAAAAAACGUUGAAUUAAAGAAACUCUGAAUGAUCAAACAUCCUAAAUUUUAUAUAAUAGUUACAAUAAUUAUGGGAAUUUUUUUUUUUCAAAAAUUUAAAAAGUUAUUUUGAAAAAAACACCAAAUUCACCAUUUUGCCCCAAGGGGCACUUUUCACUAUUAGUGUUCUACGGGAAAACUCGGAAAUUUUUUUCGGAAAAUUCAGAUUAGAUUCGUGUUUAGCAAUAGUUACUCUGUCUAAAAAUGCAUAUGGAUUGGUUAAAUUUUUGGCUGUGGUCAACCGAUUUUCAAAAAUUUCCCAGUAUUGGAAAGGUACAUUUCUCACCUUUCCAAAACCGGUAAAUUUUUGGAAAUCGGUCAACCCGUUAUUUCUUGACAGCCAUUUUGGUAAACCAAGGCAAAAGUUUUUUUUUUCACAAUUUCACAAAUUUUCACAUUGACCUUUUGCAUCAGGUAAUUUAAUUCCCUUUCCAAAUCUGAUAAAUUUAUGAAAAUCGAAAAUAAUAUUAAUAUUUUGAAAUAUUAUCCUGAUCGAAUGUUAUAUUUUCCUGAUCAAAAUGGCAAAAAAUUUUCUAAAAAAAAAUGGAACAUUCCUUUUAGAAUUCGAACAUUUUUCUGGUCAAAACGGAAUAUUUCUCUGAUCAAAAGCAGAAUUUUCUGAUCAAAAGAUGGGACCCAUUCAGAGUGAGCCUGAGAUAUUUGAACACGCUGACCCCUGGAAUGCAACGCUCAGCCCUGCAGUCAGAAAGUCCGCGAGAGCAGUAGCUGAUGAAUAGCCUCCUUUCCUUUAGUCUUCAAAAUCCUUUUUCUUAAAUCUUAAUUAAAUGAUUUUUUUAAAAUAAAAACUAAUAUGAGAAACGCGUAUUCAAUUUUAUUUUUAAAUAACUUUUUUCCUCUUAUGAACUAAAAAAUCUUUUUAAAGAAAAAUAAAACAUGACACGCUGUACCGGAUUUUUUUACAAUGUGUUAAUUUUUUAUUUUGUUUUUUUUUUAUUUGUAUUAAUAAGUAUAUAGAGAGAUAUUUUUAAAAAAAAACCUGAAUAUGUUGUUAAUGUUACUCGUAAGGAUGCAUUUUUUUUAUUGAUUGUAAUAUUUUUUUUUCUUUUAUUUGAAAAUUGAACAAUUAAUUUAAAGAAAAAAGUAAAUCGCUGCUUGCAACAGCAAUUAACGUAUCAAGAUAGGGAUUUCUACAGCAGCUACGGCAAUUGCUGGUGCAAGGAGCGAAAUAAAAAAAAAUGAGAUGAAAAAAAAAGAUGAAGUAAUGUAUAGCUGAAAACAAUCCAAAGUAUAUAUUUGAUGAUAUUUUUUGCCUUAAAUUUUACAUAUUAUAACAUUAUGAUAAGGAGUAUUUUACUAUAUAUUUAUAUAUUAUACAUAUACAUUGAAGUACGAUACAUAACGCUUUUUCGGAGAAUUUUCAGUGAAUGUUUAAUUUGAAUGUAGAACGGUGAAGAAUUUAACAAAAAAAAAACAAACAUUUAAAAAAUGUAAUGAGAUUCAUCUUAAAUAGAAGUGAAAAAUUGACAUUUUGUAGGACAAAACCGUAACCACAAAAACAACUAAUAGUAGGUAAAAAAAAAGUUCUUCAAGUGAAUUUUUCUUUCGUUAAAUAUACAUAAACUAUUAUGCAAAAUAAAAAGAAAAA